AACAUGUGUGCGCGCGCGCGCGCGCGCGUGUGUGUGUAUGCUUUACCUAGAUCAAAUGAGACAGAUGGUACAGUAAAUAAUUUUCAGAAAUAUGAAAAAAAAGUUCAUUUUUAUAGUACUUUGUACGAUACUCAUCUCAUUAUUAAUUAUAUUAAAAACAGAUACUGUAAAUAAUACAAAAUCAGAAUUAAAGUAUUCACAGAAUGCAAGUUACGCAAAUAAAAAUUCCACAAUUAUAAAAUUUAUCAUUGAACCAAAGUGUGAUCCUAACUUCAUUGUUUGGAUCAUUAUGUCCUCUGCAGAUAAUCCUUUAUACAGAACAGCAUUGAGACGUGCAUAUCCAAGUGUAAUGUUAAGAACUUUGAAUGUCACGAGGAUAUUUUUAUUAGGAAUGCCUAAAGAAAAAAAUAUAUUGAAAUACAUUUUAAAAGAAUCACAGAUGUAUAAUGAUUUGUUGCAAGGAGAUUUCUUAGAAAAUUAUAAAAACCUUACGUUAAAACAUUUAAUGGGCUUAAGAUGGGCAUCAAGUAAUUGUAGGUCUACUUUCCUAAUAAAAACUGACAAUGAUAUUGUACUAAAUAUUUUUGAAACGCUAGAACUUUUACAAAAAAAGGCAAUGCAAAAGGAAAAUGCUAUAUAUGGAUAUGUUUUAAGGAAAAUGAAACCAAUACGAACAUCAAAUAAUAAAUGGUUUGUUACUGAUGAAGAUUUUUCAGACGAUGUUUAUCCUGAUUUUCUCUCAGGUUGGUUUUAUAUAACAAACUUGAAAGUUGCACAAUUAUUAGUUCGUGCAAGCGAAAAGUUUGAAAACUUUUUCUGGAUUGAUGAUGUAUUUAUUACUGGAAUUUUAAGGGAAGAAUGUGGUAUUAAAAUUGAAGAACUAAAUAGUUUUUAUGCAAGUGAUUAUAGGUAUUUGGAAUGCUGUAUACGAGGCAAAAUACGGAAGCUAAAAUGUGAGUUUAUUGCAGGGCCUGAUGGAGGCAAAAAAGAAUUACAUAUUAAAUUUAAAGAAUUUUCUGAAUAUUGCCAAUCGAGCUGUUCUGAAAGAAUGAAAGAACAAUUAGUAUCAAAAACUUGUGUAGCCGCUUAUGAAGAGAAAGUAAAUAUUAUAAAUCCUAAAGUUCAGAUUCAUUAUAUAUAAAGUUUGGAACAGAAGAAAAAGUUUGCAAAAUUACUACUUUUAUUAUUAUAAAUAUAUUUAUAAUAUUUCUUGUUUCUCAAAUGAAAAUAAAUGUUCUCUAAGAACA